CAAUGAUUGUCACGCACACACUGGGUGUGGUGAAAUUAACCUCUGCAUUUGACCCAUCCCCUUGUUCACCCCCAGGGAGGUGAGGGGAGCAGUGAGCAGCAGCGGUGGCCAUGCCCGGGAAUCAUUUUGGUGAUUUAACCCCCAAUUUCAAACCUUGAUGCUGAGUGCCAAGCAGGGAGGUAACGCCGACAAACAAUACCAAUUUUUCCCCUCAAAGAGAGCAUUAUUAAAGAGCGGAUUUAAUAUUUUUGUUUUUCUGCAUGGAUAUUAUAAUUGAUACCAUGACUUCGAAAUGGAAUCUUACCAAUUUACAGCAGCGCUGGAGACCAUGAAGCGGGAGGGACGCAUGAAGACGCAGGACAGAGGCACAGAGACGAACAAGGAAAAGCUGGAAAGACAGACAAUUGUGGUACAUCCCUUCUAAGGCUGUCCAGCAUGAUUAAAGAAUGCCUGCAGUUCCUUAUUGAACCGGCGAAAAAGCUCAAGAGCCGACUCAGAGAGUCCCGUAAGCGAGUGAGGCUUGACAAGAAGGAGCCGCUGGUGGAAAGUCAAUUAUUUAUUAUGGAGCUGGCCCGAGAACUCAACAAAAUUUGCCAGAGGUCAGACGUUCUGCAGCACAUAUGGACUUGUGAGGACACCUGGCCUGCAGGCUUGUGUCGGGACGUUAUUGUGGAGUGGGCUGCUAUACUGGAGAAGAAAGUGCAGUCAAAAGUCAAUGUAUCAGACUGCCAGUCCCCCACCGCAGAGAAGAGGGACUGGAGGGGUCACCUUCUCUGUAUCCUGGAGGCGGAUGGGGAGUAUGACAUGGGUCCUCACAGGAGGGUCAUCAUGGAGUGGACACGGCAAAUGAAAAACAGACAUGAGCCCACAGUGUGGCCUGGCGAGCAUGUGCUGAUGAUGCUGGACGACUUGGAGUUCCAGUGGAAGAGAGGCCGUCUGCCCAACCUGCUGCCCGCUUUGGAACUUGUCAUGCUGGCUGUGCUGAACACCGACAUUCCGGUCCAGGAGGAUGUGACAAAGCAAUGGCUGGUCAGAAAGCAGAGAAACAAGAACAUGGAUGCUGUUCACUACAUCCCCCAUUGUGUCUGGAAUUGGAUUUGUGACGCAUCAGAGGACGUGAAACUGGACCCGGACUCGGCCAACCCGGACCUGCUCAUCUCCGCCGAUGAGAAGAGCAUGCGAUGCGGCCUGGAGCGCCGCGACGUUCCUUGCUGCAGCCGGCGCUUCGACGGCUGGUGGUGUGCAGCGGCCCGGACGGGCUUCCUGUCCGGGCGCCACUACUGGGAGGUGGAGGUGGGCCAACGGGACUGGCGGCUCGGUGUGGCCAAGGCGUCCGCCGUGAGGCGAGGCUUCGGCUCGCUCAACACGCACACGGGUUACCUGAUGCUCCGUCUGGAGCGGGGCGCCGACCUGAAGGCCCUGACGGUUCCCGCCACCUCGCUGCCUUCGAGUUGGCGGCCCGGGAAAGUGGGCGUGUACCUGGACUACGAGCAAGGCCAGCUGUCCUUCUACGACGUGGACAGGCGGGCCCACCUUUACACCUUCAACGCCACGUUCACAGAGGAACUGUUCGCAAUUUUUGGGACUGUGGAGGUGAUGAAGGACCUGGUGAUAAGGCCGAUGGGUGUCAAACAACGGUGCCUCUGUCCCGGGCCGUGCCUCUGGAACUAAACCACACCGCGAACGUCAUCAGCGUAUCUAUUCAGGUGUGUAAGGAAGGUGUUUGCAUCCAAUUAAUCAGAGGUCUGCAUUGUCUACAACAGCCAAUCAUUGAGUGUAAACGACAAAUGGCAUAUAAAAGACUAAACAAGGGGUGUCAAACAUACGGCCCGCGAACAGAUUUUAUCCAGACCACGGGAUGAGUUUGCUAAGUAAAAAAAUUAACCUGAAAUUGUUGAAUGAAAGAAACUGCUGUUCUAAAUGUGUACACUGGAUGUCACAAUAGCAAUUAUUUGUAUCUUUGUACAAAAUAAACCACAUGAUGUGAGUACAUCAGCCGAGGAAAAUGAUCAAACUACAUAAAUGACAUUCUGUAAUUUGAUUUUGAUAUAAUUUUUUUUAAUCUAUAUAUUUUGAAAAUGAACAUUAAUGAGUUGACUGAUGAACAUUAUCAUGUAAUGUAUUCAGAAAGUAUAAAAAAACUACAAAUAAAGAUAGAAUACUAUUAACCGCAACAUGUAAAUGUAAAAAAAAACCCCAACAAUAUUAUGAUUUGUACAUUUUCAGAAUGUGCUUGUUCUAUUCAUAAACAAAGAAAAUAAUCUAAAGUCGUCUUUAUUUUUAAGUUAUCAUGCCGUGAUUUUACCAGUCCGGCCCACUUGGGAGUAGAUUUUUCUCCAUGUAGCCGCCGAUCCAAAAUGAGUGUGACACCCCUGGGCUAGACUCUCCACCUGCAUGCUUUUGCUGUCUCUUACAUAAUUCAUUAUCUUUGCAUACUUUUUAAAUACAGUUAAAUGUUUUUUUUUCAAUACAGCCUUUUUUUUCACACUAGCAAUUGGUGUGUGCAUUCCCAGCUUUAAAAACAGCAACGUACAGAAGUGUAAUUUUGGAAGAAAAUGCGCAAUAGUAUGCUGUGUGUGCUUGUUUCUUACUUCAAGUCUAUCAAUAAACACGUGUCACACCGCGCUGCUUUGUUUCAAAAUCUUUAUUAAGUGCAACACAUACAGAAAACAUAAAAUAUAUUGUAAGCGCGUCUGCUUUAAUGUGAUUACAUUUAUUUUCAAAUAUUUAUCCAUUUCACCACGUUUACAUUUGAGGAUGGCCCUUUUUUUUCUUAUAUGACACAAUACAGUACAGGUGCAUCUCAAUGAAUUGGAAUAUUGCAGCAGAAUAUGUUUGACUUGUGCAAACUGUGAAUCACAAACAGAAGGUUUUAGUUUUUGCAGUUUGUCUGCUGAUUAGAGCCGUAUAGUUUACAACAGUGGUUCUCAAA